CAUUUCAUUGGAUCGAGGGGCAAAUCCUGUCUGCUGAUUGGCUAUGAGGCUUCAAGUCGCUGGCGUGGACGGAAGGGCUGAGUGAAUGGGUAGUAGCGCAUGCUUGUUUGGAGACAGUGCUGGAGCGGUGGUGCAGGUUUACAAAAAUGGAAGUUGACGUUUCCAAGUUUAACAUUGAUGCCCCAAGAUGGGACCAGAGUACGUUCAUGGGCAGGCUGAAGCACUUCUUCAACAUUACGGACCCCAGGACGGUGGUUGUGUCAGAGCAAGAGCUGGACAAAGCCAAAAUUCUCGUUGAAGCAUGCAGAGCAGGUGUCACGCCACCCGGCACCAGCGUGGAGCAACUUCAUUACGCCAAGAAGCUAUACGACUCUGCCUUCCACCCUGACACUGGCGACAAGAUGAACCUAAUCGGAAGAAUGUCUUUCCAGGUUCCAGGAGGGAUGGCGAUCACCGGAUGCAUGCUACAGUUUUACAGGACGGUUCCCGCAGUAGUGUUUUGGCAGUGGGUUAACCAGUCUUUUAACGCACUUGUAAACUAUACCAACCGAAAUGCCGCCUCUCCCAUCACUCCUGGCCAGAUUGGAGUUGCCUACGUGACGGCCACUGGAACUGCUCUAGCCACUGCAGUUGGACUUAACCUGUAUACUAAGAAAGCGCCACCGUUGGUUGCCCGUUGGGUUCCUUUUGCUGCUGUCGCUGCUGCCAAUUGUGUGAACAUUCCUAUGAUGAGACAACAAGAAAUUCUUAAUGGUAUUGCAGUCACGGAUGAAAAUGAUAACAAGCUCGGACACUCAAGGAAAGCUGCCAUCAAGGGUAUUAGUCAGGUGGUUGUCUCCAGAAUUGCCAUGGCUGCUCCUGGGAUGAUACUGCUGCCAAUUCUGAUGCAAAGACUGGAGGCAUUUCCCUUUAUGAAGAGAAUCCAUUUUCUCCAUGCUCCUCUACAAGUUACAUUGGCUGGUGGAUUCUUGCUAUUCAUGGUUCCCGUUGCCUGCUCAUUGUUUCCACAACGAUGUUCAAUGGCCGUGAACAGUCUGGAACCUGAGCUUCGAGAUUCCAUCAGGAACCAAUAUGGAGACAAAGUUCAAUAUGUUUAUUUUAAUAAAGGCUUGUAACCAUUGGAAGUAAACCCUUGGAAACCAGUUGCAUUCUGAAGAGAAAAUGAUGUUACAGUCUUAUCAUAGGAGAUGAACCUUGAAUAUGCAAAAAUACAGGAAAAGACAUUUUUUUUUUUAAAGCUGACUGAUAGUCCCCAGUGCAUUUGUAUACAGUUAAGCCUCAUUCACACAUCCGUGUCCGUGCUCAAAUCCGUGAGCAGGUGUCAGUGAUACAUCCGUGAAGGAUCCGUGUUGGGUCCAUGUGUCAGUUUUUGUUGUCCGUGUUGUAUCCGUGUUUUACUGACACUGCACAGCUGAAAAAUAAUUUUCAAAGCAUCUCUUUUUAAUGAUCCGUGAAACACGGAUGCAACACGGAUGUCAUCCGUAGUUUUCACGGACCCAUAGACUAUAAUGGACGUGAUGGAUCCGUGAACACGGACAAAAUAGAACAUCAGUGCUAAAAAUAACGGACCCACGGACCGCGCUAAAAUACUGAUGUGUGAAUACACACACAUUAAAAUGAAUGGGCACGCGUGGAGAACACAGAUAUUUGAACCAUUGAUAUUUUUUAGAUUUGUGGUAAAAAAUGUACAUGAUCUAAGCAAUCCAUUUACUGAUCACAGUGAGAAAUGCUUUGUGUGUAUGGUGUGAUGAACAGAGCACCAGUAGACCACUAGAAGUGUGGUAACUACAGACAAAGUGUUGCUUAUGGUCUCUCCUUUCCAUUCAUUGUAUUGCAGAGCAAUAAACCAAAGGUGGAUAUCAACAUUCUUGUGGAAACAACAUCUAUUAA